AUGCUUACAAUCGCGUGUUUCUCGAUAAGUAUAUUAAGUGUGGUUUGGAGUGAAAACUUCAAAAACAUUGACGAAAAGCCCGAUGAACUGAAUCUCAUGGUGUGGUAUAGUUGCGGGAAAGUGUUGUGGUCAGUGGGGAACAUAUGGAUCUUUUUCGGUGUUUUUAUAUCCCGCAAAGAAAACAUAGCUAUUAAUCACACAAAUCAGUUACAAAACUAUUUUGUGGACAUGACACUCGCGGUAAUCGUGUCAUACGUGCUCUAUAUGUUGAUUGACUUUCCGACAGUGAGGGGACGGCUAUUCCCAAAGGCGUUCAACACAGCAUUCAUUGAGUACGUGAUGGACUACCAGCCCGGACCGGCAGAUCGCCUAUUGCUGACGUACCCCAAAUGUGGCACAUGGUGGACCCUGUACAUUUUGUUGUCAGUCGUAAACGCUGGCAGCAUACCGAAAAGCACCCCGGACUAUGCAAAUUACACAUUGGAACUGAAAGGCCCUGAAUCGGUGGACAGGGAGAACGAGGGGCACGUGGACAGGGAGGUGAAGAUUAUACAGUCGCACAUGUGGUUCAAAAAAUUAACAUUUCACUCGACCGCUAAAUAUUUAGUGGUUUUGCGAAACCCUAAAGACAGGUAUUUCCGGUGGUAUAUGUCUGGAGGCUAUCAAUGCGGCGACUACUUUGAGGCCACCCUCUCGUAUUGGGAGCACCGGUUGGAUGGGAACUGUACUCUCAUUACCUAUGAAGAGAUGGUAGCGAAUCCGAGGGACAGUAUUGUGAGAAUCGCCUCAUUCUUAGGCACCAAAUACGUGCACCGACUGUACGACCGGUGCGGAGACACCACUACUGAUGAGAUCCUAUUGGAUCGCAUUAUAAGGACUUCCAGUUUUGAAGCCAUGAAAAGCAGUCAAACCACA